AUGUGGAAGUGCUCUCUAUAUUUAGUGGUUGUGUUAAUAGUUUUCGCUAAUUCUGAGGAGGAUGCAGCGCGUGAUGGCCGAGAAGUGUCAGCGAAAAAUUUCUUCGGUGGAGUGUGGGGAAAUCGCCCUCCGAUCAUGGAAAAAAAUCAACCUAAAGCGACGUGUACUUGCAAGUGCGGCGAGAGGAACGAGGUGUCGCGUAUAGUCGGUGGAACGGAGGCCCGCAACGAUGAGUUCCCUUGGAUGGCGAAGCUGAUCUAUUUCAAAAGGUUCUACUGCGGCGGCAUGCUUAUCAACGAUAGAUACGUGCUCACGGCUGCCCACUGCGUCAAAGGCUUUAUGUGGUUCAUGGUAAAGGUGACGUUCGGCGAGCACAACCGCUGCAACGCGACGGUGCGCCCCGAGACGAGGUUCGUGAUAAGGGUCAUCGCCAAUAAGUUCAGCCUCACAAACUUCGACAACGACAUCGCGCUUCUUCGGCUCAACGAACGGGUGCCUAUGUCCGAUGCUAUCAAGCCCAUUUGCUUGCCCACAGAUAAAUCGUUGUUGUACGUCGGUGUGAAGGCAGUUGCGUCGGGCUGGGGCACUCUGAGCGAGGAAGGCAAAGUUUCAUGCACCCUCCAAGAGGUGGAAGUUCCGGUUCUCAGCAACGAGGAGUGUCGCAAAACAAAGUACACUGCCUCGAUGAUCACGGACAACAUGCUUUGCGCUGGUUACCCUAAAACUGGGCAAAAGGACUCCUGUCAGGGCGACAGUGGCGGUCCGCUGAUAACAGAGAGGAAGCAUGACAAACGCUACGAGUUGAUUGGUGUGGUGUCGUGGGGCAACGGCUGCGCCAGGGUCGGCUAUCCCGGCGUGUACACGAGGGUCACCAACUACAUAGACUGGAUUAAGGAGAACACGCAAGACGCCUGCUACUGCACGAGC